CGUAACGUGCGUAAUCGCUCACUCACGCAUCAGUGCAGCGUCUGUCGGUGGUUUUUCUUUGCCGGUUCAAUUAGAAACCACUGUACAGGAAAUAUGUACGAAUCGGAGACCGAUUGGGGUCAGCAAGGAUAGAUUUGGAACGGUACGAUUUCGGUUUGAUACGUGCGAGUUAACGCAACAGCGAGGGAGGAGUGGCAGCGCGAAAGAAAUGAACAUCUACGAACAGCGUCGGCUGAGCUGGCUGGACCGGUUGGAUCGUGCCGGAGGCAUCAGCACGGUUUUGCAAAUUUGCCAGGAAAUGUGCAAUCUAAUUGCUGAUCGACGGACAGCCGCGAAGCAUGAUCCGGCGGAGGAAAUUGUUCCCGGCACCGCGGAAUGGGGAACCCGUUUGUAUCUGAACAACGAACUGCUCGGCCGGUUGAAAACGAUUAGCGAAAGUUCGCGCAGUACGUUCGUGCAGCGAAGGAUUAUAGCUAAGUCGCUGUUCAAAAUUUACGCCGAAAACUAUCGACAGUGUCGGAUGAUAUUUCCGGUGGGGGGCAUUCUGCCCCCUGCCGGAAGCACCCCGGCGGAUGAGGCGGUCGCAAUCUACGGGAUGGUUUAUUCGGGCUUUUUGCUGCUGCACGGUGAGGAGGAUUUGAGCGUUGUGGUGAGGAAAAAUUUUGAACUGUUUCAGGCGAUGGGUUGCUACACGCGGCACUUCAGUACGGUGGCGGAUAAUUUGCUGGUGCUUCAGCGGAUGGACCAGUACGAGAAACUGUUCGCGGAACGGUGGGAGCGAAUUUGGCACAUUGUGCUGUUGAAUCUGGAGUCCCCCUUUCGGGGGGUGCGCGAAAACAUGCUCAGUAUUUUGAAGAAUUUGAUCGACGAUCAUAAGUUUACCCGAUCGGUGGUGCUGCCGACGGUUCUGCGCUGGAGCUGGUUGAACCGGAAUAAGCUGCAUGUACUGAUGGCGCUGCUAGGGAAGUACCAGCUGAGGCAUCUCGAAGAGAUGGCUGGCGAACGGAUCGAUUUGUAUGCGGCACUGGCGUUGUCGCUGCACUACAAGCAUCUGUUUUCGGGCAGUCAGGGAAUCGUUCGUAUAUUGCAGAAACAGCAGGACGAAGAUCUGUACGAACUGGAGGUUAAGAUCCUGCAGGAGGCGAGCAUCGAUUUGGUUCGAACGAUGAUUAAGCAGUGGUUCUCCAACCUAACGGCUGGAGAUUUGAAAAAGUUGUUCCAUAUGAUGCAGCUGGAUCAGCUGCGAGUUGGAGAAAAUAGGAAACUUAUUCCGGAAUACCUGAAGAAAAAUAAUUUCGCAAAAUUUUUCCAAUACAUGCACCUCUUCCGGCGAGAGUUUCAAUCUUGUAAAGAUCUCAACAUCCUGCUUGUGCUGAUGCUACAGAUAGCAACGGAGGCAGAGCUCGAACCCAUUCCCAUGGCUUUGCUGGUGGAAAUUUUGGUUCAUCACAUCACAACGCCAAACACAAACAUUCAUCCGUCCACCAGUGUGUUCUACAUUUUCAAGCUGAAAGAAUACAUCCUACAGCGCAUCGGUACGCCCUCGGUUAAUCUGUGCAACACCUUUGUGGCACAAUGUACAAAACUGCUCAACUACAUUGCAUCCCUCUCGCUGGAACGUUACGAACCGAACGAGGAUGCUUACGGGAUCGUAUCGGAACUGAUGGGAUCGACCGUGUUCCACCAGCACCUGCAGAAGCAAUCGUCCAAGAACUAUCACGCCACCGUCACAAGUUUGCGAAUGUUUCAGGCAUUUGCUUCACUUUUUCUGGAAUUCACACCCGAAUCACCGUACCGGUUGCAGGAAAAACCCAUAAUUGCAGCGGACAAUGGAGGAACCGCCCUAAGCUACCUGCUGCCAAUGGAAGCGGACACCUUCUACGAUAUGAUCUACACCGUGGAGCACCUGCUGACGUCCGACUUCGACGAUGUUCGAUCGAUCGCACUCAAACUGCUGUACAACAAGAACUGCGCCUAUCACUUCGGACCGGCACUGCAGGGCAAACUGUCCCUAAUCUACUCCUACCGUACUCCGGCCGCCAUCCUGGAAGCGAUGAUCAGUUUUUUCGACGAGUCUCACACUGCCCUGCAGACGUCGCUGCGCGAUCACGAUCGCGACCUGUUUGCGAUGAUGCGAAACGACUACCAGCUGUACCAGCAAAUUGACGGCAUCACGGAGGCGUUCUUCGGUUAUCAGGAAUCUCGUACGUUACGCAUUCUGGAAGGAAUUCGCUCGUUCAACGGAAUGCUGCUGCUGGUUAACCGAGCGGUUGAAUUCGUGCUGCGCUCGUUCAACUGCGCUAAGGGCCCCGCGGAAUGCACUCUCGUUGGUUCGAGUUUCGAAAUCAUGGACAACAGCCUGCAGCUGUUGUUGGAUCGAUCGGCACAGCGUUCGACAAAUUUGGCGGCCGAUAAAAAGACGAUGCUCAAGAUGCUCUGGAAGGCACUGCGAUCGGCCGGUUGCUUUGCGGAAAACUUCGUCUGCUGGGUGCUGGACAACUAUCGCUCUCGGCUGGACACCGUCCAGCAACUGUCGAUUUGUUUGCGAAUGUUUGUGAUGAUUUCGCUGAACUGUUGUCAUCGCGGAGCGAUCGAGGCUACCGGAGUUUCCUUCGGGAAAGUGAUUCGCAAAAUUGCCACUCUUAAGGAACGCCUAGUUGUCCGCAAUGAUUACCGCAACCGGCAGGCGCGCUCGAUAGUGGAUUUGGCAGAGCGCAUGUUCCGAGCGCUGAUUCGACUGAACAUGCAGGACGACGAUUUCCGGCGCUGCCGAGGCUACCUCUGGUUGAUUCAUAAUUUCAUCAAAAACGACACCUACACCAAUGCGGAACGAUCGUACCUGAAAAUCUACAUCGAAGAGCAGCGGCUGCCGCUGCUUCAGCAGCACCAACAGCAACAACAAGCAAUAUCGGCCGAAUCGAUGGCAAAGAUAGGCGUUCUGCAGUUGCACCAGCUGAACCUCCUAGUGCGGGAAGCUUCGAUAAACGAAACCAUGCUCGAGUACAUUGAUGAUCUUAUGACAAUCGCACUGGAAAGGUUCAAAUCCACCGAAUGGCCAACGCGGAAUGCCGCACUGCAACUGUACUCCUCGAUCGUGACCAAGCUGGUCGGCCAACGACAGCAAUGCUCCGACCCGAAGUGUGACUGGCUGCCGGUUUACGUUUCCCUAAACGAACUAAUCUACAAGCUGGUAAAAUCAAACAAAUACAUCCUGAAGGAACUGCGCGGUGGCGGCGACCAACCGGGAACCCCCUUCCUCAUACUAGUACUAGAAUUUCUCUCCAAAGUAGAAUACCGACCCUACUCGGUUCCAGGCCAGAAAUCGAUCAUCCUAGAGUAUCGAACGCUAAUGUGGCGCUAUCUGAGCCACGAAAACGACCAGGUCCGCCGGUUGGCGGCGAUCUGUUUCGCACAGCUGCACGACCCGCAUGAAGACGCCGGGCGGUUGAUGGAAAAUCUCGUCAUCUGUUUCUAUACGGUGCGCGGGAAUGAAAACUUUCGUCACGGACUGCUGCAGGCAAUGCACUUUAUGGUGCGCAAGUACGUAACCAAUGCGCGCUUUAUGGGCGAUUGCUUCGUGCGGGAGGAAUAUCUGGCCCGGGUGAGACAGCUGCUGGUUCGCUAUUGGCCGUUGGACGAUGGCAGGGUGGCCAGCUAUCGGUUGCGGUGUCAUCUGUUGGAUCUGCUGCUGUAUCUUGGGUUCGAUAAGAUGGAUUCGGUCGUGACGGCGCAGGUGUUCGGCAAGCUGACACCGAACUGCUUCGGGUUGAAUGUGUUCCUGAUGAGAACGAAUGCGUUGUACAAUAAAAGCCAGCAGGUGGAGGCGCGCGGCGAAGGGCUGAUGGAGUACGAGGUGGUUAUCGAGGGAAUGGAAAAGGAUGAUGAGGUGGAGGGUUAGGUAAAAAAUCACAAUUUACUGUGUAAUUGAUCUAAAAGUCUGUCCAG